AUGGCCGCCUACGAUCUUGUCGAGCUCGUGCAGCGGCCGGCGGUGCUCACGCCGGCCCUCGUCGCCGUCGCCUACAUCAUCUACCGGCUCUUCCUGCAGCCGUCCAGGCUGCCCGACCUCCCCGUGCUCAAUGCCAGGAAGGGCGAGUGGUUCUCCCACUACAGGGCGAUGUGGCGGAACACCAAGGACUUCAAGGCGGCGUGUGUGCUGGCCCGCACCCAGUACCGCGACCAGCCGUGCAUCGUGCCCCUCCUGGGCAGCCGCCCCAUGGUCCUGCUCCCGGCCAAGAACACCAAGUUCAUCGUCGACAACCCCGAGAACGUCCUGAGCCUGCACGAGUCGGCCAUGGACAGCCUGCAGUCCGACUAUACCAUGGGGGAGCGGCUGAUCCGCGAGCCCGUCCACCACCCGCUCAUCGUCACGACCCUCACGAACCAGACCGGCAACCUGAUCCCCGACCUGGCCGAGGAGACGGAGAACAGCCUCGACGAGCUCUGGGGCACCGGCGCGGGCGAGUGGCGCGAGGUGUGCGUCUACACCUCGCUGCAGAAGUCCAUCGGCCGCGUGACGAACCGCAUCUUCGUCGGCAAGCCCGUGUGCCGCGACCCGGAGCUGCUGAAGCAGGGCAUCGCGCUCGCCAUGGACAUCCCGCUGGGCUCGCAGCUGCUGCGCCUCUUCCCGGAGUUCGUCAGGCCGCUGGCGGCCGCCGUGAUCAUGAUCCCCAACAGGCUGCACCAGCGGGCCUUUUUCAAGGUCCUCAGGCCGACCAUCGAGCAGCGCCUGCGCGAGUACGACGAGCGCCACCGGGACCCGGAGAAGAACAAGGCGCUCGGGCCGGAGCCCAACGACUUCCUGCAGUGGCUGAUCAACCAGGCCAAGGAGAUGGGGGACCCGUACCACAUGAAGCCGUCGACGCUGGCGCUGCGCGUGCAGGUUCUCAACUUCGCCUCGAUCCACACCUCGUCCUUCGCCAUCACCGGAGCAAUCCUGGACCUGGUCGCAUCCAGCAAGGAGGUCAUCGACGAGCUGCGCGACGAGAUCCGCACCGUGCUGGCCGCCCACGGCGGCAAGUGGAACAAGCGCGCCCUCGCGCAGAUGGAGAAGCUCGACUCGUGCUUCCGCGAGUCCCAGCGCGUCAACUCGUUCGUCACCGUGGGCCUCGGCCGCCGCGUCGUCGCAAAGGGCGGCAUCACCACCCCUGAAGGGCUACACAUCCCCCGCGGCAACCAGGUCUGCGUCCCCGGGUAUGCGAUGCACCACGAUCCGGAAGUUUAUGAGGCUCCGGACGAGUUCCGGCCCUUCCGGUUCUCCGACAUGCGCAGGGCCGCCGAGGGCAAUGGUGCUACUGCCGCCACCGCCGAGGAUAAGGAGGCCGCCCAGGCGUCGUACCUGUCGCGCGCACGCAAGCAGUGGGCCACCACCACGACCGACUUCCUCGGCUUCGGCCACGGGAGGGGCGCCUGCCCGGGCAGGUUCUUCGCGGCGGCCGAGCUGAAGCUCAUGCUGGCGCACCUCAUCCUCAACUAUGACUUUGAGGUCAUGGAGAAGCGGCCGCGGAACAUGUGGUUCGCGCUCAACCGUGUCCCGCCGAUGGAGCAAACGAUCCGCGUCAAGAGGCGGGCGGCGUAG